AUGGCAAAGAGGCAGUUUGCUGAAAAGCCGCCAAAUGGCGGGUGGGGCUGGAUGGUGGUGGUCGGCACCUUCUUCAUACAUGUUGUAGUGGUCGGUUCUACCAAGGCUUUCGGAGUGUUCUACGCAGAGUUCAGGGAAGUUUUCCAGGAGAGUGCCGGGAUCACCUCCUUCAUCAGUUCUAUCCUAGGGGGUAUGCUGUUGAUGUGUUCUCCCUUUGCCGGUGCUCUGAGCAACCUGACCAGCUGCCGUACUGUGAUCAUCGCAGGGGGCGUCAUUUCUGCCGUGGGGCUUGUCGUCAGCUUCUUCGCACAGACGAUGAUACACCUGUUCUUCAGUGUGGGGGUCCUCACAGGAUUGGGUCUAUGUCUCAUGUACUCACCAAGCCUUGCUAUGAUUGGACGCUACUUCGACAAGCGGCACGCCACAGCCAAUGGGAUCGCAGUUUGUGGCACUGGGGUCGGCAUCAUUGCUCUUCCUCCACUCUUUCAGUAUCUCAUCGACGAGUUCGGGUGGAGAGGCGCUCUGUUGAUUGUGGGGGGUUUACUGUUCAAUGGCUGUGUUUGUGGUGCCCUGAUGAGGCCCAUACACUUUGAGGAAGAUCGUAGCAAAGAUCAAGUCGACAGCGAAGCACAGAGUAGUGAGGAUAGAAAAAUGACAACCAUCCUACGCCCUUUCCUUGUCUACAGUGUGUCAGCAUUCGGAACCGCCCUGGGCAAUUCCAUCGUUUUCGUCCACCUUGUAGCCCAUGCUCAAAAGAUUGGAAUAGAAAAGACGCCAGCCGCUUUUCUACUGUCAAUCAUGGGAAUCUCAGAAGCCGUCUCUAGACUGUUAAACGGUUGGCUGUCGGACAGAAGAAAGAUCAGUAAAGUUUACUAUUACAUGAUUGGCAUUACUGGACUGGCCAUAUCUAACAUCGCCAUACCAUUCGGGAGAACAUACACAGGCCUUGUCGUAUGCAUGGUGUUCUAUGGAUUUUUCUCGGGCAUUUUCUUUCCGCUCAUUGCAGUUUUGGUAAGAAAAUACAGCGGAGUGUCCCGCAUUUCUGGUGGGCUUGGGUGGGCCUUUGUCUUCCAGGGCGCCGCCUGGCUGCUUGGACCACCCAUUGCAGGUUGGCUGUAUGAUGCGACUGGAAACUACGACUGGUCUUUCUUCGCGGCUGCCAUCUUUAUUUUCGCGUCAGUGCUCGUGCUUCUCCUCAACCCGUGCUCAACAACCAGAAGGACACUUGGCCCCGGUACCGGUCAACUUCCAGACCAGUGCGACGGAGUAAUUGUUCUUAGCCACAUGCCGCGGGAUACCAGUAAUAAUGUUGGCCAAACGAACCAGAGUUUUCGAGAAAUGUAG